AUGAGUGGCAUAAUGGUACAUGGUUUUGUCCAAAUGUGGAACAAGAGGUCAGGUAUGUCCAACGUGCAAGAAGUAUUCCUAGAAACAGUGGAAGGAAAAAAGAACUUUAAACUGCUGAUGUAUUUGAAGACUGGAAAAGUUAGAACUUUUCAGCUAAAUAAUAAUAUUAAAAAUGUAGCCCUUACAUCCUAUGGCGAAGACCUCAGUCACAUACAACUGACUUUCCAAAAUAGUAAUUUCUUGUUUAUUGAAAGAAUGGCUUCCAAAGAUGCUGAACAAUUGAAGGCGUUCCUGGACAGAGCCCCUCAAGACUGUCCUGAACCACACAUGAGCCCGGAGAAGGGAAAGGUUGUGUAUACCAGCAUAGCAACACAGACUACAGAAACUUCAUUGCCCAGCAUUUGUAAUAGAUCAGAUGAGGAAUGCUCAGGGAUAGACAAAGAAAUUGGGACUUUUGUUCAUCAGAAUACACCUUUACUUUCAUCCAAAUCAUCGACACUUACUGAUAAGGAAUCAGAAACUCAACCUAGCAAGGAAAUGCAAUCUUCUGAUUUAGAGGUAAGUGAAAGUGAGAAAUUGCCUAUAAAAAAGAGAAGUAUUAGGAAAAAAACCAGUGCAAAUCCCUUGAAGUAUAAAAGCCGCAAUUGGAAGAAACCAUCAAAGACAAGAGUGUCAAAGAACAGUAAGAAAGUGGCAUCUGUAGCAGUGGCCAACUCUUCAGGUGGAUGUCCCCGACAACGUACUGAUCUCCAACAUUUCAGUGAGAAUACAGUUCAACAGCUUCUGCAGGCACUAAAUAGUGGGGGUGGCCCAGGGCUCAAGGUACCCCAUAAACUUAAGUCACACACAUUAUGGCAAGGUCUCCCCAAUUUGGGAAACACCUGUUACAUUAAUGCAGUCUUACAGUCCCUGUGUUCAAUUCCAUUGUUUGUUAAUGAUGUACUCAAACAGGGUUUCCCGUGGGGAAGGGUUGCCCGUGAUAUGUUUUGUGUGUGUGUGAUACUUCUGCUUAUGAUGAAAGACAUUUUUAACAAGCAAACAAAGGAGUUGUUACUAGUGACUAUUAGAAGAUCCAGUUCACUAGUUGCAGAGAUGUUUACUGUGGACGCGCAGAAUGAUGCACACGAAUUUUUAAGCUUUUGCUUAGAGCAGCUGGAGAACUUACCAAAAUCAGUUUUAGUUAGCAAGAGUGAAAACAAAUCUGACAAAGAAAGUUCAUCGCAGCAAGCCUUUGCUGGUGAUUCUGCUGCCAAAAGGACUGCUUGUGCUGUCACAUCUAAUUUUGAGUGUGAGUUGCUGCACUCUAUUUUUUGUAAGAUUUGUGGUCGGGUUGUUUACAAAACAGAACCAGAUAAUUAUCUCUCCCUCAAUCUUCCACAAGGAAAGAAAAAGAGUCCUGUAUCUAUUCAGUCUACUUUUGAUCAGUUCCUUGCAAGAGAAGCACUGCUUGAGUAUAAGUGUGAGGAGUGUGAGCAGAAGAAAGCUGAAGUAAUGCACAAGUUCAUAAAGAUACCUAGGAUUCUUAUUAUUCACCUGAAACGCUAUUGCUUUACUGAAUUUUGGUCACUAAGGAAGGAUGAUCAGAAAGUCACUGUUUGCAAAUAUUUAGAUUUGUCUGCUCACUGCACUGAGGGCACCAAGCCACCUGUUCCUCUUAGCAGUAAUGCACACAUUAGAGAUCCAGAGUUACUAAAAGUUUCUCAAAAUUCAGGUCUUAAACUCCUUCACUCAUUAUCUUUAGUAGCGUUAGAAAACUCCAGGAAUACCAGAACAAGACGUGUUGAAUCUGUCAAGCAGCCUGAUUCACAGAAAUCCCAGAGGUCACAUACAGAGAGAAAAAGAGUACAACAGCAGAAAGAUGUGGGAAAAGCUUGUAAAUUGGAUACGAGAGAAUCAGAAUCAGUAUGUGAAGGAGAAGAGCAGUUAUCAAGCUCAGUGUUAAAUCUGGAAUCUGUUUCCCUUCCUGUGUUCCCCGGAUACAGGGAUCAACUCGUCAGCAAACGAGACACCCGUGUUACAGAAGUACCUGCAAAUCCAAAAGCAAGGAAGUCUGGAAAAAUCAGUACAUCUGAAGAGGCAGAUUUUGAUGCUGCCAGUGAGGUCACUGAAGACUUUUCCAAAGAUAAGAAAACCAGACUUAAAGAAAGAUCCCAGAAAAUGGCUGAACAAAGUGAGAAAUAUGAUGGGGUAGGGACCCAUAAAGAUGCCCCUGAGCAGACCCUUUCUGAAGGCCUUCCAAAACCAAAAGUCAGAGAGUGCACAGUGAGACUUACAGACUGUACACGAUUCAGUCUUCAAGAGGCUAACCCUGGAGACAAAGACAGUUCUGAUAAGAUGGAAUCAAAAACCCAGGAACUGGAAGAAAAGACUGAUAAGAAAAAUCGUUAUACUUAUAGGCUCAUUGGUAUUAUCAACCAUAUUGGAAAAAACCCCAAUUCAGGACACUAUGUCACUGAUGCCUACGACUUUACAAAGCAGGCCUGGUUCACUUACAAUGAUCUACUGGUAUCAAGUAUCUCAGAGUCCCUGGUGCAGAAGUCUAGGAUUUGCACAGGAUACAUCUUCUUUUACAUGCAUAAUGAGAUAUUUGAAGAACUGCUGCUAAGGGAAAAGACAACUCAGUCUCAGCCUGAGCCACAGCCAGAGCCAGAACCUGAGCUUGAAUCCCAGUCCAAGGCCAAGGCCAAGGCCAAAUCUCAGUCUAAGCCUCAGUCUAAGUCUCAGUCUUGCAGCCCCAAGGCAAAAAAAUCUUCAUAG